ACCCGACUGGCGACAGCUUCACUUAGUUUGGUCCCUCCAACCCCACAACAAACGACGUUGCAAGAGAAACAAAUACACGACAUAUUUAAAUCGCCUAGACGGUCGCACAUUAUCACAUCCAUACAACCUCCUCACAAUUAUUAGAACGAACAUUCCACACGUGGCGCGUCGCAAUUCUUUCACCAUGUCGCUCCUCCUGGCGCACUUGGAGCAAAUCUCCACCUCAUGCGAAAGCAUCGACAGCCUUCCUUUCCCCCCUCCCAAAAUCUUUACCAACGCCCUCCUCUCGAACCACGACAUUACGUCCUUGAUUCGCGACACCGAAGCCCACGAGCGAGCCCUCUUCUCCGUCCCUCCCCCUCCCCCAAAAGCCACUACCCAGGCGCCCGAUCCACCAAAACCCGCGAACCGACGACAAACCAUCUUCAACGUUGCCGGCGGCGAGGUCACCACAGGCCCACCAGCCAAGUCAACGCGCAGCAGCGGCCCGACGCGCCGUAACACAGCCGUGGCCGCCGUCUUGGGCGGAGAUCUUCACGCACAAAUAACGCGACGCAACCCUGCCGGAAGUGGAGGCGGCGAACUCGACAUCGAAGUGCUACUGCGCGGUGCCGAGAAGCUCUGUACGGUAUACCCCUUGCCUGGCGCGCUGGAGAGGAUACCGGCUCAGCGGCGAAAGAACGAACAGUUGAUGAACACGCUGGCGUACUACGAGACCAGGGUGGCAGAGCAACAAGAGGCUUUGGACAGGUUGAACCUGGACCGUUAUGCGGAAGAGGAGGAAGAAGAGGCGGGCAGAGAGAGCGCGGCUGCUGCCGACGUCAUGACGGAGGAAGAUCUGAGGAGGGAAGAGGAGGAGAUACGCGAACUGGAUCGAAGAAGGAGGGAGUUGCAAGCGAGGUUGCGAGCGACGGAGCGCGAUCUCAAUGGAUUGAUGGAGUUUUGAGCGCAGUAUCUGUUCAAGAGUGUCCGAUACACGCAAAAAGCUACCAAGGUUAUUCGAACUACGACGAAAAGAA